CCGUUCUUCAUCCCAGCGCGCUGGCCUAUAAAUACUCACACUCGUGCAUCGACCUCGCCACACCCAAUCACAAAGCUAGCGCAACACAACAGCAAGACACAAGCAAAUUAAACAAGCCAAUCAAGCUUCAAGCCCUUAUUACGAUCUGAAUUGAUCUAGCUAGAGCAUCGAUCUCCGAGAAGAAACCCUCGAAACUUUUGUAGUUGCUGUCCGCGCGUGUACGUGCCUUUGACGAGAGGUCGAGGUAACAAUGGCGCCCGUGUAUACUGGAGCGGUCCACGGCACCAACGGCGGCUCCGGCCUGACCCUGAACCCGGCCGUGGUGGCGCAGCGGGCGCUCAGCCUCGGCGGCGCGUCCACGCCGUUGUCGUCGUCCACGCCGCCGGCCUACGGGAACAUCGUCACCGUGCUGAGCAUCGAUGGCGGCGGCGUGCGCGGGAUCAUUCCCGGCACCAUCCUCGGCUUCCUCGAGGAGAAGCUGCAGGAGUUUGAUGAGCGACCGGAGGCGAGGCUGGCGGACUACUUCGACGUGAUCGCCGGGACGAGCACCGGCGGGCUGGUGACCGCCAUGCUCACGGCGCCGAACAAGGAGGGCCGGCCGCUCUUUGCCGCCAAGGACAUCAACGACUUCUACCUCAAGAACUGCCCCAAGAUCUUCCCACCAAACAGCAGCGGCGGUCCUCUAGGGUUGUUCAAGAAGUUGUCGGGGCCCAAGUACGACGGCAAGUACCUCCACUCCCUCGUCCGGGAGCUCCUCGGCGAGACGAAGGUCAGCCAGGCGCUCCAGAACAUCGUCAUCCCGACCUUCGACAUCAAGCUCAUGCAGCCCACCGUGUUCUCCAAAUACGAUGCCAUUAACGAUGUCUCCAAGGACGCUCUGCUCUCGGACGUGUGCAUCAGCACGUCCGCCGCGCCGACGUACCUCCCAGGACACCAGUUCGAGACCAAGGACAAGGAUGGCAAGCCCCGGGCCUUCAACCUCAUCGACGGAGGCGUCGCUGCAAACAAUCCUACGCUGCUGGCGAUGACGGACGUGAGCAAGCAGAUCCUGCUGGGCAACCAGGACUUCUUCCCGAUCAAGCCAGCGGACUACGGCAAGUUCAUGGUGCUGUCGCUGGGCACCGGCACCGCCAAGGCGGAGGAGAAGUUCGACGCCGUGCAGUCCAGCAAGUGGGGUCUUCUGGGGUGGCUCAGCAACAAGGACACCACGCCGAUCAUCGACAGCUUCAGCCAGGCCAGCGCCGACCUCGUCGACAUCCACGCCUCCGUGCUCUUCCAGGCGCUGCACUCGGAGAGGCAGUACCUCCGGAUCCAGGACGACGAGCUCACCGGAGAAACGUCGUCCGUCGACGUGUCCACCAUGGAGAACCUGAACCGCCUCGUCGACGUCGGCAAGGGGCUGCUGAAGAAGCCGGCGUGCAAGGUGAACAUCGAGACAGGCAAGAACGAGCCCGACGUCAAAAGGGGCACCAAUGAGGAUGAACUCAUCCGUUUCGCCAAGAUGCUGGUACGCGAGCGCCGGGCUAGGAUCCAGAGAAAGGGUGACAACACAAUCUAAUUAAACCUGGAGAUAUAGAGGCCGCCCGGAUGAUACUUGUGUCAAAUAUGUGUUCAAAAAGUGUACUACAUGAUAGCUCCCUAAUAAGCCGCAUGUGUUCUGCAUUUCAUUCGUUCUGUGUAUCCUCUUCAGUUAGUUCUUCUAAAGUGUCUAUCCUAUCAUGAUGCACAAUGUACAGCUUGCAUAAUUUGUCUAUUUACACGCUACUCCACCAAAUCUGCCUCCAACACGGACUAUCUUAUUUAUAUGAGUUCUUUUGUAUUGGUUGAUGGGUACUAUCAUGUACUUUUGACUUGAGUACCUAUAAGCAGCUAAGCCUCUGAUUAA